UUCGCAUGAUGGCGUCAAAGUGAAAACGAAAACAAACCCCCUUGUCUGGUCGCUACUUUUGCUCCGGUUUAAUUUUCGCCAAAAAUCCUGUGAAAAAUCGCUUGUUUCCGGCUGAAACCAGUGUAAACCAUGGCAUCGGCCCAGCGUGCUUUCGCCUCCAAACUGACCAAGCACAACUCGUCGGAUAUCCGUAAAAAUGUCGCGAAUUACCAGCUGCUGUCGAAGAGCGACAGCAGCUCGGUGUGUUCGUCGUCGAUUUCGCUGUGCGAGCUGGUGGAACCGAUCGAUUACGAGGAGUUUCUGACGCAGCACUCGGGUUUGCUGGUGCGCGAUCCGCUGCGGUCGAUUCUGGACUUUCCGGCGAACGACGUGCAGAUGCGGGUGGUGCCGCGGAAGAUUCGGACGGUGCAGCAUGUGGUGCCGAGCGAGGAGCUGGGGGAGUUGCCGUUGCACGUGCAGCACUGCGUUGAUUGCUUUACGCGGCCGUGGAAGGUCGUGGAGUUUUCGCAGCGCAGCUACUCGAGUUCGUGCAGUGGGGUGAGGGAGCGGGUGGAUAAGGGCGCGUUGAGUCCGUCGGCGUACCAGCAGGAGUUUGAGAUUGAUCGGGACUUUUUUGGGUGUGCGUCGUUGGAGGAAUCGGUCACGUCGACGACGUUGUACGCGAGCGAGAGUUGCACGCCCAGCAGCCGGCAGUCGAUUGCGAGUUUGUCGUCGGUGUCGACCUGCACGGACACGUUGACGCCGCGCGGGUCGUGGGCGUCGUUCGAUUUGAGGAGUUCGGUGAAUGAUCCGUUGAUUCCGGGUCUGUUGGAUCGGGUGGCGCCGGAGACGAUCGACCAGAGCAAUGAGAGCAAGCGGCUUGAGGAGCGGCAGCAGGCGUUGUUCAGUUUGUACCCGGAGGCGGAUCCGGAGGACGCGGUUGAGAAGAGGUUGCCGGCGGAGAUUCCGAUGGAGCAUUUGGGCAAUCGGAUUCACGUCAAGUGUCUGCAGCUGAAGCUGGAGUUGGAGGUGGAGCCGAUCUUCGCGUCGAUGGCGAUUUACGACGCGAAAGAGCGGAAGAAGAUCUCGGAGAACUUUUACUUCGACAUGAACUCGGAAUCGCUUCGUCGGAUGUUGGUAGGGCACUUGCCCUAUUCGGACAUUAGCACUCAGGCGCGGGAGGCGAUCUUUGACAUUACAAACCCGAGCAACGAGCUCUAUUUGGUCAUUCGGCUCGAGAAGGUCCUCCAGGGAGAUAUUAAGGACUCCGUUGAGCCGUACAUGAAGGACGACAAGGACAAAUACCGCGACAAGGCCAAAUCCAACGCGGCGGACUUUUGCGACCGGCUGGGCAAGUACCGGAUGCCGUUCGCCUGGACCGGAAUCUACCUGACCAACAUCUUCAACGGGGACAACAUCGAGAACGAUCGCGAAAGCAUGAGUUCGGCCUCAAGCUCGAACAGUCUCGAUCGCAAGUCCUCCACCAGCAGCUUCGAUCAGUUCCGCAAGCGAGCCACCGACAUGGGCACGCUCACCCGGCGUGGCUCCCUCGAGAGAAACAAGGAAAAACGUCGCUCCUGGUCGCCGGACGACUUCGCCAACAGCAUCGAAACGUUCCGCCCAAUCUCCAUCACGGUCUCGAGCUUCUUCAAGCAAGAAUCCGACAAAAUGAAAGACGAAGAGCUGUACAAGUUCCUACCGGAACUCAAACGCCCCGGCGCACUCAUGAAGAAGCACAAAUGCAUCCCCGGAUCGAUCAAAAUCGAAAUCGCCCCCAUCCCGGAAGACCUCAAGUGCGCACUCACCCCGGAACUCGCCAAAAUCGACCCCUACCCGAACGACCACACCCGCCCCACCAAGGAAAUCCUCGAAUUCCCCUCAACCCCCAUCCUGAACCCGCACUACGCCUACCGCAACCUCCUCUUCGUCUCCCCCAAAGAACUCAACUUCUCAACCCGCGCCGGCUCCGCUCGCAACAUCGCCGUCCGCGUCCAGCUCAUGUCCGGCGAGCGCCAAUCCGACGCCCUCGCCGCCAUCUUCGGCAAAAGCUCCUGCCCCGAGUUCACCAACGAAGCCUUCUCCGCCGUCAACUACCACAACAAACAGCCCACCUUCUACGACGAAAUCAAACUCGCCCUCCCCGCCAACCUCAAACAGAACCACCACAUCCUCUUCACGCUCUUCCACGUGUCCUGCCAGAAGAAACCCGCAGACCUCCAACCCACCAUCGAAACCCCCGUCGGUUACACCUGGCUCCCGAUCCUCAAAGACGGCCACCUCAACGUGGGCGAGUUCAACCUCCCCGUCAUGGUCGAGGAACCCCCCGACAACUACUCGUUCAUCCCGCCGGACGUCCAACUCCCGGGAACCAAGUGGCUCGACAACCACCGCCCGGUCUUCUCCGUCACGCUGGACGCCGUAACCUCUGUCCACGCGAUGGACGACUUCAUCGACAAGUUCAUCUACCUGUGCGAGUGUCUCGAUCAGCGGAAGGUUCCGCCCCGGAUUGGCGAGGGGAACAUGGAGCGUGAGUUUAAGAAGACGUUGCAGGAACUGCAGAGUGCGGAUCAGGAAAAGUUGGUCAAGAAUUUGCAGCUGAUACUGGACAAGUUGGUGGAGCUGCUGGUGACGACGUACCGGAUUGGGGGGGAGGCGCUGUCGCUGGGGCAGACCGUGUUUGAGACGAUCUGCCAGAUUUCGGAUAAGAUAUUUUUCCUCCAGUCGGAAGAGCGCUACGGCCGCCAGAACAUCCUGAGCACGUACAUCCAGUUCCAGUGCCGCAUUCCGCACCCUCUGGAUCCCAAGUGCAAGCUGUCCUCGUACUCGCGCCCAGAUCAGGCCGAAAUGACCCGCUCGAGCAGCAAUCCGGAUCUUCAACAGGGUCAGCACUCGCACCACCAUCACCAAUCGGAGAUGACCAGCUCGAUGAGUGGGAAGUUGGUGGAUCGUGCGUCGAGCAUGCGAGGCGAGAUGUCUCCGACUACGGGGCCGAAGGACGGGUUGGUGCGACUGUUGCACGAGGAGAUUGCGCUGAAUUGGGUGGUGGCGAGCGGGUCGGCGGCCGAGCUAUCGAUGACCAACUCUUGGAUGUUGUUUGAGCUGAUUGUGAAGAGUAUGGUGGAGCAUUUGGAGUUGACGAAUUGUUUGAACUCGGUGAGGAAGGGACGGUUUCCGCACCAGUUUACGGAUGACGUUUCGACGUUGGUGCACUUGUCUACGACGAAGGUCGUCGGGUACAACAGCAGCGAUCCGAAGUUGGCGCAGUCGAUUAAUUGUAGCUUGGCGUUCUUCAUCUUUGAUCUGUUGAGCAUUAUGGAUCGUGGAUUCGUGUUUGGGUUGAUCAAGACGUACUACAAGGUGAUCAUGACGAAAAGUUCUUCGACGCCGGAUAUGAUUCAUUACAAGUUGGACUUCUUGAGGAUCGUUUGUAGUCACGAGCACUUUGUGGCGUUGAAUUUGCCGUUUGGGACGCCGUACACGGCAUUGUCUGCGCCGUGCAGUCCGACGCCGAGCGUAACUUCAAACAACAGCCAGAACUCGUACGUGAGCGCGAUGGCCGGGAUCGACAAGACGUUGUACGCGGAGUUGAGUGCCGAGUUCCGGCAGCAGCACUUUUUGGUUGGGUUGGUUCUGCAGGAGUUGGCCACAGUACUGGACAUUUCGAAUCCUCCGCUGCACGGCAAGGCGAUUCGUUGCUUGAGGAAUCUGAUGACCUCGCACGAUCUAGACUCGCGGUACAACGAGGUUGAAGCCCGCGCUCGAGUUGCUGCCCUGUACAUCCCAUUGCUCGGAAUCGUCAUGGACACGAUUCCGCAGUUGCACACUCCGGCGGCGGAGUCGCACGAUCGACUUAACACGAUCGGCUUGCUGGAAGAUUACCAAGGCCCAUCCACCACGAUCGCCGCGACCACGAUCAGCCCCGAAGUGGCGUACGCAAUCUCCGGCAUUCGCAACUACAGCUACGUUCAGGAAACCCCAAAGAACAAAACCCCACUCAGCAGUGAAAACACGCGCCACCUGCUGUCCUGCUUCCUGUGGGUCGUCAAGAACCUCGAGCAGAGCACCCUCUACAAAUACACCCUAGGACUCACCCCCCACCGAGUCCACCAAAUGCUGCAAGUCCUCAACAUUUGCAUUCCCAACUUUGAAUACCGCGGCCGGAAGAAGCCAACCUCCAAACGCAACACCUCCAGCUUCCGCAAAACCCCAGACAUGAAGGAAAAGCUCGAAGAGUGCAUCCGCGGCCAGGGUUCCGCUCGCAACGACCUCAUCAACCGCCGCAAGGAUCGCUACUCAACCGAAAAGUUCCGCUGGAAGAAAGACCAAAUCCGCACCCAAUUCUACGACAGCAACAUCAAAAACGAAGCCGAGCUGGAAAUUACCUACCACAUUGAAGGUUCCCUCGCCACCGAAGUCUGUCUCACCAUCCUGGACGCCCUCGAACUCAUCGUCCAGGUCGCAUCAACCUCAGAGCUCCACCACAACCUGCUCGGAACAGUCCUGAAAGUCCUGCUCCAUGCCCUCUCUCGCAACCAGAGCACCUUAGCGCUUCAGAACCUCUUCGCCUCCCAGCGAUCCCUGAUCUUCAAGUAUCACAACCUGCUGUUUGACGAGGAAACGGACAGUUGCGCGGAUUUGUGUCUGCUGCUGUUGAAGCACUGUGGAUCUCAGCUGCCCAGCGUGAGGUCACAGGCGGCGGCCUCGCUCUAUCUGCUGAUGAGGCAGAACUUUGAGAUUGGAAAUAACUUUGCCCGCGUCAAAAUGCAGGUCACGAUGUCGCUGAGCUCGCUGGUCGGCACCAGCGCCUCGUUCAGCGAGCAAUCGCUACGGCGCGCCCUCAAAACCAUCCUGGUGUACGCGGAGUCGGACGCCGACCUGCAGGACACGUCCUUCCCGGAGCAGGUCCAGGAUCUGCUGUUCAACCUGCACAUGAUCCUGUCGGACACGGUCAAGAUGAAGGAGUACCAGGAAGAUCCGGAGAUGUUGCUGGAUUUGAUGAACCGCAUCGCGAAGGGUUACCAGAACUCGCCGGAUUUGCGGUUGACGUGGCUGGAGAACAUGGCCAAGAAGCACAUGGAGCGGGCCAAUCACACGGAAGCGGCGAUGUGUUAUGUGCACAGUGCAGCGUUGGUCGCGGAAUAUCUGAGCAUGCUCGAGUCGCAGACGCAUCUUCCGGUGGGGGCGGUUUCGUUCAAGCACAUUUCACCGAAUUCGUUGAUGGAGUCGGCUGUUAGCGAUGAUGUGCUGAGUCCGGGCGAGGACGGGAUUUGCUUGGGGAAUCGGUUCACUGAGGGUGGGUUGAAGGCGUUGCUGGAAGAGGCCUCGAACUCGUUCCAGAUUGCGGGCAUGUACGAAGCGAUGAACGACGUGUACAAGGUGUUGAUUCCGAUCUGCGAAGCGAAUCGGGACUUCCGCAAGCUGGGCCAGAUUCACGGCAAGCUUCAGGAGGCGUUCAACCGGAUCGCUCAGCUGCACGGCAAGCGGGUGUUUGGGACGUACUUCCGGGUCGGGUUUUACGGGUCCAAGUUCGGCGAUUUGGACCAACAGGAGUUUAUCUACAAGGAACCGACGCUGACGAAGCUGCCGGAGAUCUUCAGCCGACUGCAGAACUUUUACGCCGAUCGGUUUGGGCCGGACGUGGUGCAGAUCAUCAAGGACUCGAACGCGGUCGACGUGAAGACGCUGGAUCCGGACAAGACUUACAUUCAGAUAACCUAUGUGGAACCGUACUUUGAAACUUACGAGCUGCGAUACAGGGAGACGUACUUUGAGAGGAACUUUAACAUAAAACGCUUCAUCUUCGCGACGCCGUUCACCAAGUCGGGCAAAGCGCACGGCGAGCUGCACGAGCAGUGCAAGCGCAAGACGAUCCUCACCACGGCGAACCACUUCCCGUACGUGAAGACGCGCAUCCAGGUCGUGAGCCGCGAGCAGAUCGUGCUGGAACCGAUCGAGGUCGCCAUCGAGGACAUCCAGAAGAAGACGGCCGAGCUGGCGGCGGCCACCACCCAGGAGCCGGCCGAUCCCAAAAUUCUCCAGAUGGUGCUGCAGGGUUGCAUCGGGACGACUGUCAACCAGGGCCCGAUGGAGAUGGCGCUGGUGUUUUUGUCCGGCAUCGCCGACAGCACGACCAUUCCGACUAAGCAGCAGAACAAGCUGCGGCUGUGCUUUAAGGAUUUCUCCAAGAAAUGUUCCGACGCGCUUAAGAAGAACCGCAACCUAAUUCUGUCCGACCAGAAGGACUACCAGAAGGAGCUGGAGCGGAACUAUGCGCGCUUCACGGAGCGGUUGGCGCCGUUGAUUACGAUCAGUCCGUCGCAGGCGCAGGGCGUGGUCGCGGCGAACAACAAUGGGCUGCACAAUAGUAAGCUGACGCCGUUGAGGUGGUAAAUGGAAGCUUAAAGUAUCACACAUUUAUACCAAAAAAAUUAAAAGAAAGUAAAAUUAUGUGCUUUUUGUGAGGAUUUUAAAAUGGU